AUUGUACUAUAGAUGUGAUCUUGUAUGUUUUGUCCUCUGUAUUGUACUAUAGAUGUGAUCUUGUAUGUUUUGUCCUCUGUAUUGUACUAUAGAUGUGAUCUUGUAUGUUCUGUCCCUGAUUGCCCUGCAGGUCCUGUGUGAGCUGUUCUUGAUAUAUAAUAUAUAUGGUUAUAUAAUUAGGCUGUGAUAUUCUGUGUCAAUCUUUUAGCUGUGUACUCUGUGCCACAAACGGUUGUCUCAUUAAAGCCAAGUCAACGUGUCAUUCACUCUGUUUCCUGGCAUGACCUGGCAAGUACUGAGUGCGAGAAGAGAGACUGAUAUAGGCAGAGAGACUGCACAGCUAAAUAGGGGAAUUCAGUUGCAGCCAAGUACCUACAAAAUGCUAGUCCUGACCUGUUCUUCAAAGCUUGCCUCUGUCAGAAGGUUACUGACACAUAGCUUUCCAGAGUCCUUGAAGGUGUGCGGGGCUUUGCAUCAUGUGAUUGAGAAAAAUCCUUUUAGGCUUCAGGUUUUGGUGGACCAGUGGCCAGACUUUACUUCUGUCAUAUGUCGACCUCCACUGGAAGAAAUGACAGAUCCCUCAGAUCAUUACACCAACACAUAUUUUCUCUUCAGUAAAGACCCACAGGGGUUGCGACAGUUCCUCCAAGAUCCUCAAACUGUGAACUGGAAGCAAGAGUUGCAGAUACAAGGGUGUCAGCCAUCAUUGACUGGCGUCCUUCAAGAAGUCAGCUCCAAGCAUGGCAGCCAAAUGCAUACCACAAGUAAUCUGUUAUAUAUGAAAGAUGGAAUGAAGAGUGAAGACCUGGAGAAAAUUAGCAAUAUAAGUUCAGAUGAAUUACAGUUUGCCCCACUCAAAACCCAUGAAGCAUCUUAUGUUAACGAACAGUGGAUAUUUGGCAAGAAUGACCAUAGUCUUCAUUUUAUAGAGCGCUGCAUCCAAACUUUUCCUUCCAUCGGUGUCCGAAAAAAAGGGGUGGAUCAGCCAAUUGCCUGGGGAACCUCUGAUCAUUCUAUGGAAAUACGUAUGGGAUACACCUUACCAGCCUACAGGAAUUUGGGACUUAGCUCUAUUAUUAUUUUAAAGAUUUCUGCAAUCAAUCACAACAGGAGGUUUCCUAUGUAUGCCCAUACUGCACCUGAUAAUAAAACGAGUCAAGCUGUGAUGCACAAAACAGGAUUCCAACAAACGGGCAGAUGGGUCCAGUGGAACUUUCAGCGUAAAAGUCUAAAAGGAAAAUACUAAAAAGCAGCAGAAAAGAGUUACCUGUAUUUUCUAUGACAUACAAAGCCCGAAUGUCAGAAUCCCCUUUCCAUAUAACUAUUUUACAUGUUGUACAAAGUGGUACUUUCCCAUGCCAACCAUGUUCCAAAUAGGGCCCAUUUGAAAGACCAUUUUUCUGGCACCUCUUCUCAUAUUUUAUACAAAUAACCACACCAGUGCCAAAUAGGAUAAUACUGAAAUAACACAAUGCUACAUUGUGCUGUUAUCACAAUUUUUUUUUAAAUAAUACAUUACUUAGAGUGACGGCCUGUAAGUAUAAAAAAAUGUUUGAUACCUAUCGGUCAUGCUUCUCUGCUAUUUGUUUUGCUCAGUAAAUUCUUUUUGGUUGGUUUUAUCUCCAUUUCUUUGUGGCAGAGCUAUGAUCUGUGACUACAGUUUAGCUACAGUGCCUACAAAUAAUCUGAGGUAAUUUAAGACACACCUCCUGUCUCAUGAUUGUUUGUGUCUGCUGCAUUCUCCCUCUCAUUCAAUGAUUUGGGAAUGAAUAAGCUUACGCAGGCUAAGUGAAUAAAUAUAUUUACUAAGUGUGAUUAAAUAUAAGGUAAUACAGACAAAUUACAUACAGAAUAAAUAAUCACAUGGCCUGCCCGAUACAAUAUGGGUGGGACUCCAAGUCCGCCAUAUCGUAGCACAUGGCCAACACCCAAUGGUCAUACAAGUUAAGGAUAGUAUUUCACUUACAUCCUACCUGGAUGAUUUCUUCAAUGGAGUGCCAAUUAUCUGUCUGUGUGCAGCCAAGUAUAUACCCUUUC